AUGACUUCCAUUAUUAUCCCCAUUUCUAAUCAAAGUUUGCCUCGCAUCGGUCGACCCAGCGAAAGCAGCCCUCAGUUCCACACUCCACGCUUCAGCGACUCACUGUUACAGGGUGCCACCGCCCACCAUCCACCUAGGUACCUUACCGUUUGGCCGGGCAAGUCUAGGCCUAAAGCCCACUGCAAGCACUACAUCACAGUAGGCGAGGAUCCAGCUUUUCCCCUCCGCGUCCAGUCCCUGUCUAGCCUACUUGAAGAAGACUUGUCCGCCGAGCGCCCAGUGCUCCCCGUACCUACACGCCCCCCAACCAACCUAAGUCAGACCAAACCCUCUUCGCUGCAGUCGGGUCUAUUCUGUUCUGUUACCCAGCUCUUUGGAGCGUCUGGGCUCUCCCCGACCAAAAACCAAAGCACCAGCACCUUCUGGCGCAGGCCACGGCCAUUUCUGUUCUUCAUCCUCACCUCACUUGAUCACAAGACCUUUACCAACUAUUCACUGUUCGACAAUGAUGCCUCUCAAGGCUCUUUGAAAGCCACCCACCCGCCCAUCGCAGGUUCCCGUCUCUCUCUCUUUCUCGACCCAGGGGUGAACAUCCGUUCUCCUCCGCUACCUCCGAGGACCUUUGAAGCUUUCUUGCUCACGCCAUCGCCUUUCGAGAUCCACGAACAUCUUUGUUUUUGUUCUCGCUGUACCAAAUUCCCCGACAUUCCUCCCAAUUCCCGUCACUCUCCGCCCCAACUUCCCACUAAGAAGAUGUCGAGUUCUGCCUCUGGCGACUCGGGCGGUGGCCGUUCCAUGGAGUCACGAGUGGGUAGAAGCAAGCAACGUUACAACACUAAGGGCGAACGUCUCGUCGCUGGCAUCGUGCCUCUCACUCCCGAUCAAAAUUUUGUUCUGUUGAUUCAGUCAACCCGGCGCAAAGGCUGGGUGCUGCCCAAGGGCGGCUGGGAGUCUGAUGAGACUUGCCAGGAAGCCGCUGAGCGAGAGGCCUGGGAAGAAGCCGGCAUCACUGUUCAGAUCACAUAUGAUCUUGGUGACAUUGAUGAGAAGCGUGCGCCCAAAUCGUCAAAAGAUCGGUCAAGAUACCACUUCUUUGAGGGCACAGUAACCAGCGAGUACGACGAUUGGCCCGAAUCCCACAAGCGAGAACGCCAGUGGUUCACAUUUGCACAGGCGUGGGAGGCGUUAUCAACGAGACCAGAGCUACAGGAGGCCUUGCAACGGUCUACUGUGAAUCGUCAAUAG